CUGAAUCAGUGCUCCCUCUCCUUUUUCUCCAUCCCUUCCUCCUCCUCCUCCUCCUCCUCCUCCUCCUCUUCCUCCUCCAACAUCUGGAAGCCUCUCCUCUUUCUGUCUCCUCUUUUUUCUCCGCUGGCUCCCCACCAGGAUGUGGCACUCGGUGGCUCUGCUCCUCUCUGGAUUCUCCGCUUUGAUCCACGAACCUUCCUCUGUAGUUUAUCUGUGCAGCUGUCGUUGCAGGGACCUCACCAGAGGAACCUGCUGAAGAGCCUCCUGAAGGACUACAACCGGAUGGAGCGGCCCGUGGCCAACGACUCCCACCCUCUGACUGUGGUCUUUUCCCUGAGUUUGAUACAGAUCAUGGAUGUGGAUGAGAAGAACCAGGUGUUAACCUCCAACAUGUGGUUACAGAUGCACUGGUACGACCACUACCUCCAGUGGAACCAGAGUGCUCAUCCCGGGGUGAAAAACCUCCGCUUCACCACAGAUCAAGUCUGGACGCCUGACAUUCUUCUCUACAACAGUGCAGAUGACGACUUUGACUCCACCUUUAAGACCAACGUUCUGGUGAACUCCAGCGGCUUCGCCAAGUAUCUUCCUCCAGGAAUCUUUAUGAGCACGUGCAAUGUGGACGUUCGCUGGUUUCCUUUUGACAUUCAGAGGUGCGAGUUGAAAUUUGGCUCCUGGACGUACGACGGCUGGCUGCUGGACCUCCAGAUGACCGACGCCGACAUCUCCGGCUACAUGCCCAACGGAGAGUGGGAUCUCAUCGGUGUUCCUGGCACCAGAAACGAGGUCUACUACGACUGUUGCAACGAGCCUUACCCGGAUGUGACCUAUGUCAUCACCAUCCGGCGCCGGACGCUGUACUAUGCUCUCAACCUGCUCAUCCCCUGCGUCCUGCUGUCCUCCAUGACCCUGCUGAUCUUUGUGCUGCCGGCUGAUUCCGGGGAGAAGAUUUCACUGGGUAUCACCGUGCUGCUGUCUCUGACUGUUUUCAUGCUGCUGGUUGCUGAGAUCAUGCCCGCCACAUCCGACUCUGUCCCUCUCAUAGGUCAGUACUUUGCCAGUAUAAUGAUCAUCGUGGGGAUGUCAGUCAUCGCUACGGUGGUGGUUCUGCAGUAUCAUCACCACGAUCCAAACGGAGGAAACAUGCCCAAAUGGGUGCAGCUGGUGUUGCUGCAGUGGGUGGCCUGGUUCCUGCGGAUGAAGCGGCCGGGGGAGAGCGAGGACCCCGAGCGGCCCCCCUGCGCGCCGCACCUGCGCCGCUGCUCCUCGGGCUCGCAGAGCGGGAGCAUCCCCAACCCGCCCGACCACACCCUCCACCCGCUGCACCCGCAGAGCCUGGCCCCGCUCCAGACGGGGGGGCUCCACGUGGGCCACCCCCACCUGCACGCUCAGUCCAGCGCGAACAACAACGGGAACCUGCUCUACAUGGGCUUCCAGAGCAUGGAGGACUCUUCGGUGCUCUCCGAGCCCGUCCAGAGGAACAACAUCUCGGCGGGGCCCCCGCGCGUGGCGGGGAGCCCCCCCCCGCACCUACCGUCUCAGUUCUGCGGCUCCCCGCCGCCGCCCGCCUCCGCCAUGGACACGGUGGGGUGUCCCAGCACCGUGUCCAGCGGCGGGGGGUUCGGGGGCGGAGCGGGGGGGCUGGGAGGGUGCUCCACCGCAGGAAUGGGAGACCCCCAGCUGCAGGCCAUCCUGGAGGAGGUGCGCUACAUGGCAGACCGCUUCCGCGAGCAGGACGAGGCCGAGAGCGUGGCCGACCAGUGGAAGUUUGCGGGCGCCGUGAUCGACCGCCUCUGCCUGGUGGCGUUUAGCAUGUUCAACAUCAUCUGCACCAUCUCAAUCCUCAUGUCCGCUCCCAACUUUGUGGAGGCUAUUUCAAAGGACUUUGUCUGA